GCACUCACUACUAAACGCCCCCUACCGGUACGUUUUGUGAGGGAAAACCACAACAACACUGUUAGUGUGGAGUAGAGCGAAGAGGGGUGCAACUUUUUUUCCUUCGUAGUAAGACCACACUUCGCGAAAUCAGAACCUGGGAUUUCUAACUGAUAAAACUGAGAGGCUGAGCUAAACUGGGUCCUGGAAAAACAUGCUGAGCCCAGCAAAUGGGGAGUCGCUGAACGUUGUGACAAAUUAUGUGGAGGAGUAUCUGGACCUCGCCGAAUCCUUACCGCUGGACCUGCAGAGAUGCGUUUCACUGAUGAGAGAAAUAGACGGAAAAUAUCAAGAGAUUCUGAAGGAGCUGAAUGACGCUUACGAGAGGCACCGGCAAGAAUCGGACCCGGUGAUGAGGCGGCGACUCCUGCACUGCAUUCAGCGCUCUCUGAUCCACGCUCAGGAGCUUGGAGAUGAGAAGAUCCAGAUCGCAGGCCAGAUGGUGGAGCUGGUGGAGAACCGCACUCGGCAAUUUGAGUGGCAGGUAGAGCUUUUCCAGGCCUGCCAGAGCUCACCUGAGAGCGCCGUGUCCGUGGGCAGCGCUUCAUCUGCUGCCAUAAUGACAGUAAAUAUGACACCACUGUCCACUCCGUUGCUUUCACUGGGCAAACCAAGCACAGACAAAAAGCGAGACGAGACAACAGGGUCGGUGGAUAAGUCUGGUGCAAAACGCUCGCGAAGGCAAAAAAGUGGCUCCGAGAACCGAGAAAACACCAGCUACAACUUGGACCACAGUGAAGACCUUGGAGCAGGAACGCCAAAAGAGAAAAAGCCCAAGACUUCAUCUACAUCGUCAAAAAAGAAAAAGAGGUCGAAAUCCAAGCAGGAGCGAGAGGCAUCACCGGCUGACCUGCCCAUUGAUCCGAAUGAGCCCACCUACUGCCUGUGUGAGCAGGUGUCUUAUGGAGAGAUGAUAUGCUGCGAUAAUGACAAAUGCCCAAUCGAAUGGUUUCACUUCUCCUGUGUUGGCCUCCACCAUAAGCCCAAAGGGAAGUGGUACUGUCCAAAAUGCAGAGGAGAGAAUGAGAAGACCAUGGACAAAACCCUAGAGAGGUCCAAAAAGGAGAGGGCAUACAAUAGGUAGUCUCUCACCAGAGCCAGCCUUACCCAGCCUUUUCACUCACCUGUUGAUACUCAAUAUUAUCGCAGUAGUGUGGAAUAGUCAGUUAAAAAUGGACCAGUUACAUUGUUCAUUCAUUAUUUGUUUUCUAAGAAAAGUAUUAAGGUUCACGCUGUGCACAGGAGCUGUUUAGUCCAGCUGUACUCAGUUGUGCAUGAGUAUUUUGUUAAAAAGGAGUCCUCUGAUAUUUUUCAGUCUAAUCUCUGUCUGCUGCAUCUGUAGCAUGCUGUUGGUUUGCCACUGACAGUUAUUUCCUUGUAUUUAGAGAAAAAGCCUGGGGUCUUCCUUUAAAUACAGUCAUAUGCAAAAGUUUGCGCACCUCUGGUCCAAUUAAAUUUUGUUAAAUUUCUAAGAGGAAAAAAAGUACACAUUCUAUACAGAGAACCCACGUCUACACAUUUUAAUGCAUUUAAUUACUGUUUAUUUGCUGAUGUAAAUGUGGAGCAUGUAUUAAUACUGUGGCACAUUUAAUAUGUAAUAUUUUCCCUUAUAUGUUAAAUUCAGCAAAUAAUUAGAAAUUGUGCACCAAAUUAUGUAGAUUGCCAUAUUUUAAAUUUAUUUGCUGUUAAUUUUUACUUGGGGGGGGGAAAAUAUGUAAUUUGACCAGGGGGUGUUUAAAAUUCAUGUACAACUGUAUGUUGCAGGUCAGUGGGUUUUCUGCCCUUUUACAAGCCACAGGGAAACAUUAGAAAAACUGUCUGUCAUGAUCCAUGUGCUUCUGACACAGCAGGUAAAGAUUAGGCUGGAUAACCCUGGAAUGUUCCUUUAAGGGUUACAUGAGGUCUGUAAUAUUGCUGGAAGUUCCGUCUCUGUGUCAAAUUGAUCACUUUCCUACAGCCUGACUUCAAGUCCUGUUAUCUGUUCAUCUCACAAAUCUUAUAGCAAUACCAUAUUUUUUUUGUAGACUUUAUGUUUCCACCAGUUUUAUAUGCCUACUUUGCAUCUUUUUGUGGCAUAAUAAAAGUGCAGUUUAUCAAUUGUG